GCCGCCUCCAGAUCCACCCGCCGGAGACACGUCUGCCAGCGCUCCCGAGAGGCCUACUCCUCUCAGCCCUGCAAUGCUUUCUCGGAGUGUGUUAGUGACAGGAAGCAACAGGGGAUUGGGGCUGGAGCUUGUUAAACAAAUUUCAGCAAGUUUAACGCCUCCAGAAGUUAUCAUAGCUGCUUGCAGGGACCGCGAAAAUGCCACUAGUCUACAAGAAGUUGCAGAAAAACACCAUAAUGUCCACAUUGUGAAACUGGAUGUUAGUGAUGAAGCUUCAUACAAAACAUUUUUUGAAGAUGUGGAAAAAAUUGUGAGCCCCACAGGUCUCAGUCUCCUCAUCAACAAUGCUGGGGUUGCCCCAAAAUCGACUCGUAUUAAUAUGGUUAAAUGGAAACAGAUGAUGGAUACUUUUAGUGUCAAUACAAUUGCUCCACUUAUGUUGACAAAGACUCUCAGGACUCUGUUGACUACGGCAGCAUCACAGACACAAGGAAAUGCCCUGUCUGUAAGGAGAGCUGCUGUUAUCAAUAUGUCCUCUAUUCUAGGCUCCAUUGCAGAGAAUGACCAAGGUGGUUUAUAUCCCUACAGGGCAAGCAAGGCAGCAUUAAAUGCUAUCACCAAAUCUUUGAGUAUUGACCUACGAGGUUCCAACAUUUUGGUAACAAGCAUACAUCCUGGUUGGGUAAAAACUGACAUGGGAGGCAAGAACGCACCUCUGACAACAGAAGAAAGUAUAUCAGCAAUAAUCAAUACACUUAACAUUUUGAAUGAGGAACAUAAUGGGGAGUUUGUGCAGUAUGAUGGCAAAAAAUUACCAUGGUAAAUUGGGUUUUUACUUACAACAGUUUAUACUAAGUCAGAAAUAUCCAUGUUAACUAUGAUUGGAGUUAUUAUGCCUGACCUCAUUCCAUGAUUUUUUAAAAAUUGGUAACAAUAAAUAAGGAAUGGGGUAAAUAAGUGAGGUCAGGUUGACCAAGGAAAUGACUGCUUAAUGCUAAGCACUUUUAGAGCAAUUUGUAUGUAAAAAAAAAAAAUCAGUAGAAUGAAAAUAUAGUGGACACCAUGUUCUGAGAAUCUACAUAUUAAAAACAGGGUAUACUGGUAUGAUCUUUAGAAAAAAAAAAAUUAUAUACAAUGUAAUAUGGCAGUGCACAUUUACUGUUAUUUGAGCUCUUAUUUCAUAUAAAAUGCAAGGUAUCCUGAUGUAAAUGUUAUUCUUUGGUAUGCAAGUUUGGAUGUUUUAUUUUAUUAGUGUAAAUGUUUUUUUUUAAAGAAAAUUUAGCAUGUGCUCUCUUCUGUAUCAAUAUAUGGGAGAUAAAUGUAACUAAAGUUUAAAUCUCUUAUUCAGAAUCUGCCAGUGCUCCCCCAUUUGGUAAGUCUUUCUAAGCAGGACCAAAAUUUUGUGAAGUCGAUUACUUCAACAUAGAGCAGGGGUUCCCAACCAAAGUGCCCUGGAACAAUAUGAAAGCUAUGACUUAAAACUGGAUUUUAUCUAACAGUACCUACAGAUAAUUUUCUAUAACCUAUCAAUAAAUUGGAAUCUCUCCAUGGUGUUCUUGUCUUCUAGUUAAUGACAGCACUACACUAUUUGAAACUAAUAUUACCUAAAUCUGAAAAGAUGAGACACUGGAGAUUAUUUUACAUUGAGCAAGGGCCACACAGUAGAAAAGGUUAGGAACCACUGAUUUAGAACUGCACAAUCAAGUAUUUGUGUUGGAGGAGGCAUCUUCCCAUAUAUUUGAUGCCUUUAUUACACUGAUUUGCUCAUCACCAAGAAGUCCAUAUUUAUAAAAUUAUCUCAAUGAAAAAAUUGGUGUACUAUGAUUUAUACUUUACUAUUACAUUGUAACAUUCUUUGGUCCUGACUGGCAAAAAUAUUUAUUUUCAGGAAUCUGUGCCUUAUGUGAAUUUGAGUGACCUUGGGUAAUAUUUAUCCUUAAAAUUAAUUAGAACAUUUUAGUCUCACGUCAUGAGGGUACUGUGCAAUGCUAUUAUCGAUGUAGAGGAACUACUGCAUCUGUGGGUAUGUCACUUUUGAAAUGGGUGAAAACAUAGCUAUAUACAGAUUUGUACAUAAAAAGUAUUCUGUAUAUCAAGGUAAUAAUAAUAAACACUUUUGUGCUUAAA